GAUCUGGUUAUGGUAGGGUAGCAUUCGUCGCUGGCUAUAUAUACGCGCUAGUGCGCUGCAUGCUUAUGCAGUAUGCGCGCAUCUUUCCCUCACCCUCUCCCUGCCGAUGAACUCAUGAGCGGAGGGUGCAACUAGAGGUAGAUAGAUACAUAGCAGAAAGAUACUACCAUGAGAGACGUCGUGGAUGAGGAGGAAGGGGUGGUGAUGGUGAUCCGGGAGUACGACCCCAAGGCGGACCGCGACGGCACGGAGGCCGUCGACCGGGAGUGCGAGGUCGGCCCGGCCGGCGGGAUGUCGCUGCACGCCGACCUGCUCGGGGACCCCGUAGCGCGCAUCCGCCACUCGCCGGCCUACCUCAUGCUGGUACUGUACGUAGCUGAGACGUCCGGGCCGGGCGGCCGGAUCGUCGGCCUCAUCCGCGGCACCGUCAAGUCCCUCGCCACCGGCAAGAGCCUCCCUGGAGCCCCCGCCUUCGCCAACGUCGGCUACAUUCUCGGCCUCCGCGUCGCGCCUUCCCACAGGAGGAUGGGCAUAGCGCUACAGCUGGUGCGGCGGCUGGAGCAGUGGUUUGAGCUCAUGGGCGCGGAGUACGCAUACAUGGCCACUGACAAGUCCAACGAAGCGUCGCUGCGGCUCUUCACCGGCCGGUGCGGCUACUCCAAGUUCCGCACGCCCUCCCUCCUCGUGCACCCCGUGCACUCGCACCGCCUCCGGGCGCCGCGCCGCGCCGCUAUCGUUCGGCUUGGCGCCGAUGACGCCGAGCGGCUAUAUCGCCGGCGGUUCGCGCAGGUCGAGUUCUUCCCCGCCGACAUCGGCGCCGUCCUCGACAACCAGCUCUCCCACGGCACGUUCCUGGCGGUCGUCGACGACGGGUACGAGUGGCGUGGGAUGGAGCACUUCCUGGCGUCGCCGCCCGCGUCGUGGGCCGUGGCGAGCGCGUGGGACUGUGGCGGUGUGUUCCGCCUCGAGGUGCGGGGAGCGUCGCGCCUGCGCCGCGGAGCCGCGGCGGCCAGCCGCGCUCUGGACCGCGUGGCGAAGUGGUUGCGCGUCCCGUCUGUUCCGGACUUCUUCCGCCCGUUCGCUGGAUGGUUCGUGUACGGCCUCGGCGGCGACGGCGACGACGCCGCGCUGGCCGCUGAAGCGCUCUUCGUGUCGAUCGUCAACAUGGCGCGAGGCAAGGCCGCUGCCGUUGCCGUCGAGGUGGCGGCCCUCGACCCCCUUCGGCGCCGCAUCCCGCACUGGCGCCGCCUCUCGUGCACCGAGGACCUGUGGUGCAUGAAGCGGCUUGGCGGCGAUGGCCACGCGGACGGUUGGGAUUGGGCCAGGUCGGCCCCCGGCAACUCGAUCUUCGUGGACCCCAGGGAGGUGUGACUCAGCGACCGCUUGCAGAGUAGAGCUAGUACUCUGGUUUUUGGCCACUACGCUUUUUGAUCUUUUUCCCUUCAAACUUUGCACUAAUUUUCCAUAGUUACUUUUGGAAGCGACAUUUCGUAGGAUAAUUGUUCUUUUGUAGAUUCUGGAAGUACGACAUACUU